GAGAGAGAGAGAGAGAGAGAGAUUGUGGACGACAAGAGAGCAGCUGAGGAGACAGGCAGACGAGGAGUCCAGCUUUUUCCAGACAAGCACAGGACCUGAGAAGGUCUGACCGUCUUCUGCCUGGGGCUCCAGAUGAGUCCAUAUACUGGGUACCUCCCGAAAAGAGCAAAGAAAAAAAGUCCUUUGCCUGGUCCCUGGCUUCCCAGGCGGUCCCUUCGCGAUCCAGGGAUCCCUUGCACCCUGAGCAGCCUUUGUCUCCCUUCCACAUCCCGCUUUUAGCUACAUCUUCUCUUGCAAACUGCUGGAGAUUUUAGAGGGAGAAAGAGACCAAGACAGAGGCAGGCACACCUGUCUCUCUCUCUCUCGCUCUCCAGAUGCCCAAAGGAUCUUGAAACAACUCUAUCAAGGAGGCAGACAGCAAGCCUCGAGAGUCUGGCUAUGAGAACCCAAAGUGCCCCCAAAGUGAAGCCCCAAGCCUUCUCUUUCCUUCCCCGGGGGGUCUUCCAAACCUUCCUCUCCAGCAUCCUUACCUUUCCUGCAGACCAUCGCCUCUGAAGGAGGAAAGAGGCUGGGCAUGUCCUUCUUCCCUGCCUUCUUUGCCCGAAGCCUUUUCUCGGUUGAAUCCGUCGCAAGAAGAGGAACAAAAGAUCCCAGGAGGAGGUGGCUCUCUCUCCCGCAUCAACCCUUCUCCUCCACCUUUGUGGCUCUGAAGUCCAGAGUCUCUACUCUCCCCUUGAUCCUCAGGGCCCCCCUUGGAGACUGGCCCUGCCUCUGUGCCUCCAGAUUGCCUGUAGUCCUCUCUGAGGAACAGAUGAGGAAGAGAUAAAGGCGGGUCUCGGUGUGUCUACCUCUCUCUGGGCUGAAUAGUCCAGCACUUCAAGCUGAUCCUAUCCUUUUGGAGUUAGUGCAGCAAGGACUGUAGGAUUGCAAAAGUUGGUCCUUUCCCCUUCCUGGAAGUAACUCCUCUGCCUUCCCUCUCACUCCACCUCCAGAAGUCUCGGAUCGUGGCCCAUGCCUUGCAGACAUCCUGGCGGAUACAGCUGGAGGGGCCACAGCUGGAUCCUGGAAGAGCAUCAGGUCAAGGGAGAGAGAAGCCCUGGUUCGCCUGGCUUCGAAGGGGCGUGUCUCUCCCUCCAUGCUUUGAUGGGGCCACCCUCCCUCCCAAUCUCUCUCCGCUGCCCUCCUAAAACAAAGGCAUAGUCCUUCCCGUCUGGGGAGCCAGCAUGCAACGGGAUCUUGGAGCACCUUUGGCUGAAAGGAAGAAGCUGGGAGCAUGAGCGCUCCUAGACUCGAGCCUCCUUCUUUAGGCUCCCCUCGCAAGAGCUCUUCCUUCUCGGCUUCUCCGAAGGGACCCCCGCCCCCUUUCCACCCUCCUGGGGCCUGACCAGUGCCCAACAUCAAAAGCCCGAGGAGAAGAAAAAAGGCAGAGGGGAAGAGAAAGUUGGGGCUGGAUCCUGGCCUUCUCUGGGCUCGCAGGGAAGGAAACCGGGGGCCUUCUUUCUUGGAGGAUCGGAGCCUCUCCUUCUGCUCCUCCUGCUGGGUCAGAGCUGAGGAGGCGCCCUUGAUGGCCCUGCGCGCUGGGACAGCUUGGUUUGGGCAGGUCCUGCGCACAGUUUGCCGGCUGCAAGGUCCCUGGUCCAGACGCUCCAGCAGCCUCCUGUGCCUCUCGGCCUCCCAGGAGCCCGACCAGGGAGCAGCGGAGCAGGCCUUUCAGCACCCUGGACAGCAGCUCCUCAAGGAAAGUCCCGCUCCUUCUGGGCAGUCCUUUCAACACCUUGGUCAGCAGCCCAGUGGUAGUGCCAUCGCUGCGGAGUCCUUUCAGCACCCUGGACAGCAGCACAGUGGAAGACUUAUCCCCGGGGAGCCAUUUCAGCAUCUUGGUCAGCAGCCUUGUGGAAGUCAAGUUGGUUGCCCUGGGAAGUCCUUUCAGCUCCCCGGACAGCCAGGAAGUCCCAUUCCUGGGCACCUUGGGGAGUCCUUUCAGCACCCUGGAGAUAAGCCUCACCCAGGAAGUCCCAUCCCUGGCCACCCUGGGGAGUCCUGUCAUCGUCCUCUGCCCAGCACUUUGCCUCUUACACCAGUGGGCGGCUGCAUCUGUUGCACCCUGUUGAAUCCCCCGGAUGCCAGGAGGGGACAUGGUCCCUUCCGUGGGCCCUUCCUGGAGGCCAUGAAGAGGCAGAAUGUGCGGACCCUCUCCCUGAUCAUCUGCACGUUCACCUACCUGCUGGUGGGGGCCGCCGUCUUCGACGCCCUGGAGUCCGACCACGAGAUGCGCGAGGAGGAGCAGCUGAAAGCCGAGGAGACCCGGCUCAAGGGGAAGUACAACAUCACCCAGGACGACUACCAACAGCUUGAGGAGAUCAUCAUGCAGUCAGAACCCCACCGGGCUGGGGUCCAGUGGAAGUUUGCAGGGUCCUUCUACUUUGCCAUCACGGUCAUCACCACCAUAGGUUAUGGACAUGCUGCUCCAGGAACAAAUGCUGGGAAGGCUUUCUGCAUGUGCUACGCUGCUCUGGGCAUUCCCUUGACCCUGGUCAUGUUCCAGAGCCUUGGUGAACGCAUGAACACCUUUGUCAAGUACCUCUUGCAACGGAUGAAGAAGUGCUGCAGGAUGAGAAGUACGGAUGUAUCCAUGGAGAACAUGGUGGCUGUUGGGUUCUUCUCCUGCAUAGGGACCCUCUGCAUAGGAGCAGCAGCCUUUUCCCAUUGCGAGGAGUGGAGUUUUUUCCAGGCCUUCUAUUACUGUUUUAUCACAUUGACUACAAUAGGGUUUGGGGACUACGUGGCCCUUCAGACAAAGGGAGCCCUUCAAAAGAAGCCACUCUAUGUGGCAUUUAGCUUUAUGUACAUCCUUGUGGGAUUGACUGUCAUUGGGGCAUUUCUCAAUCUGGUUGUUCUCAGGUUGUUCAUGAACAUUGAAGAAGAAAGACGGGAGGCCGAAGAGCGGGCAUCCCUGGCAGGGAACCACAACAGCAUGAUCAUUCACAUCCAAGAGGACUCCCAACAUGGUCGGCCUCGGUAUAAGGCCGAAGUUACUGACCUCCACUCUGAUUGUACAUGCAUGUGCUACAGGUCCCAUGAAUACACCAGCCGGAUGGUGUCCCACCAAAAUUCCUUCAGCUCCAAGCUGAACCUUCAGUACUUUCACUCCAUCUCCUACAAGAUUGAGGAGAUCUCGCCAAGCACAUUAAAAAAUAGCCUUUUCCCAUCCCCUGUCAGCUCCAUCUCACCUGGGUUACACAGCUUUACAGAUAGUCACAGGCUGAUGAGACGUCGGAAGUCCAUUUGAAAUAGUUUGCCUUUGCGGGGUUUUGAUCAUUUAUUCCUAGGGGUUCUUUUUUGUAAAAAAAGAAAACAACAGCAAGGACAGUAAUUCCUUGUGUGAGCCAGAGCGAGGCAAAU